UCAAAUGACACAAACACCCGAGUCUAGAACAUUGUACGAACAGAUCCAUUGGUGAGUCCAGGGGCAUUUCUAAAACACAUCCAUCAGUGAGUAUAAGAGCAUUCCUUAGAUUGCAAGCAUGAUGAUAAUACUUAUAGCAAGAGGAGAUCCAUGACUUAAGACUCCUACUCACAAAAAAAAAAAUGGCAACAAAUGAUGACAAUCUACAGCUCAGGCUUGUUACGAAGGAGCUUGAAGCUUGUCUCAAGAGGAACUGUUUGUUGCAGACAGAGAAUGACCGACUAAAACAAGAGGUAACCAGUCUGCAAACAGGGAUCCAUUAUCUCAAAGAACAACACAAAGACAGGAGUUUGUCAUUCUUGAAUAACUUGAAGACCUCCACCGAAAGUAUAUCUCCAAACAAACACACAACUCAUGUAAAAAGUCACCGAGGUAUGGAGGUGAAGAAUGGUGAAAUGAGAGACAAGGACAAAACAAAUCAACUGCCAAAGCCAACUCCUAAAGCUACUUGUUUGGAUUUGCCACAGGAAGUAAAUGAAAAGAAAUUACCUGUCAGAACUGCUGCAGUACCUCCGUCCCCACCACCACUUCCGUCAAAACUGCUGCUUGGAUCCCCCAAUGCAGUCAGGCGUGUACCAGAAGUUAUGGAGAUCUACCGAACACUAACAAGGAGGGAGACAAAAACAGACAACAAAAUUACCAAUUCGGGAACUUCUGUUGCAAAUACCCGGGACAUGAUAGGUGAAAUUGAGAACCGCUCGACAUACCUUUUAGCUAUAAAGUCAGAUGUCGAAGCACAUGGGGACUUCAUAAGGUUCUUAACAAAGGAGGUGGAGAAUGCAGCCUACAAAGAUAUUUCUAAUGUCGAGGCAUUUGUUAAAUGGUUAGAUGGCGAACUGUCAUAUCUAGUAGAUGAAAGGGCUGUGCUGAAGCAUUUUCCCCAGUGGCCUGAGCGGAAAGCAGAUGCACUGCGCGAAGCUGCUUUCAACUACCGAGACCUGAAAAAUCUAGAAUCUGAGGUUUUAUCGUUCAGGGACAACCCCAAACAACCAAUACUCCUUUCCCUCAAGAAAAUGCAGGAGAUUCAAGACAGAUUAGAAAGGAGCGUCCAUAAUACACAACGAACUAGGGAAAGUACAAGCAAAAGAUACAGAGAUCUCCAAAUUCCUUGGGAGUGGAUGCUAGAUGCAGGAACAAUCAGUCAGUUGAAAUUAGGGUCUGUCAAACUGGCAAAGGAGUACAUGAGACGAGUGGCUGGGGAAUUGCAAACCAAGGACUUUACACAAAAGGAAGAUCUCAUACUUCAAGGCGUUCGUUUUGCUUUCAGAGUGCAUCAGUUUGUGGGUGGGUUCAAUGCAGAAGCCAUGCAUGCUUUUAAAGAGCUACAAAAGGUCAUCACAGGUUGCUAUGGACAACAACAACACAUAAGGACAUGACAUGUUUGACUGCCAAAUAGUAACCAGCCUUGGAAUCUCGGAUUACUCAAUUACUUUUUCUAAGUAAAAUAAAAAUAGAUUCCGUAAUGUCUAUUAUGCCAACAGGAUGACGUAUAAUCAGGUUGCUUACAAUAUACUGGAGAACCCUAGAACCGCAGAGGUUGACAAAGAUCAUCAGAUUUAGUUUUUAGAAUUCUUGACCACAGUUUCUCCUUAGUUCAAGGAAAAUGCUUAUGUAUUGCAUUCCUCAAUAGUGGCCUGACUGAUAAAUGGACUCAUGAUUAGAAGAGAGCCUGGAAUCACGUCUUGCUAGACAUAACAGUUCAACACGAGUUGUUUUAGAGUUGCUGGACUCUGACAACUUGAAGUGGAAUGAACGAACAGUUAGGAAUAAAAUUCCUAGUCAGAUUGCAGAAAAAAUCUUAAAUACUAGAGUUGGGAAAGAAGAUGUGAAGCUCUGAAGCUAGAUUCUGAUUAGUUGAGAUGGAUGUUAACUCUUAACGGAAAAUAUUCAGUCAAAUCCCUUUAUGACAGCUUCAAAAUUGUGAGGCAGUUUGAUAAUAUGUAACUGCAAAAUUUUGGAGAUAUUUUCGGAACAUUAAAGUCUGUCAACAUAAAUUAGACAUUUGUUGUUCAUUUGCUAAGACUGUAAAGAUUGUUGCUCUAGUUGGAUUGCAGGAAAGGGAGAACAACAAGACAUUAAAGUUUUGGCCACAAAAUAUUGGCUGAUUUGCA